AUGAGAUCCGCCAGAAAAAAAUCUAAACUCAGUGCUAAUGACGAAAAACUUUGGGAAUUGAACCUAUGUGUUAUUUGCUCGUCGACUUUAAGCCAUACUUCAAAAUUUUUGCAUUGUCUUCAUGGCGUGUGCAAUAAAUGUUUUGAUUUUAAUGAAACUCUUCCAGAUAAAGAAAAUUUUCUUUGCAAGUGUGGAGUGGAAACUAAUAUUUCAAACGGACUCAUCAAUUGCACUUUCUCUUGUGAAGAAUUUAAUGAAAGUGUCCUAAGAGAUAAUUAUGUGGAUCAAAUAUUUCAGAAAGCAGUAUAUGGUUUAUAUAGAACAAAAACUCCAUGUUCUAAUUCAUAUUGUAAAGGAGGCAAGUUUAUUGAAAUUUAUUGUGUCACAUGCAAUCAAUUCCAAUGCAGUUUUUGCCAGUUAAUUUUCCACCGUUCCCAUGAGUUUAAAGACAUUGAAAUAGUUAUGGAGGAAAUUAGGGAACGUUUGAUGAAGAGUAAAUACAGUUUCUAUUUGAAUUUUUCUGAAUCUGUUUUGAAAGACAAAAACAUGGUUGAUCUAGACAUGACAAAUUUAACCAACAAUCAAAUGUUAACGGUCAGAGAAAAUUUUAUGUUGGACACGAAUGUUAAACCGGUAACACUUUGCAUAAGUAGAGAAUUAAAAACCACGAUCGAUAUUAUAAUGAGUGAAUUAAAGAAGUCUAUUAUAAGAAUUGGGUAUGCUGAACCUUUAUAUCAAAAUUCAAUUUCUAAUCAUCUAAAAAUAAGUAAAGUUUCAAUUUUGCCAAACUAUCAAUCUACGACAUCCAAGGAUGCAUUUGGUAGUGUGGAGUUGAAUCUUAUAUUUAUCACAUUGUUCUGUAGUAAAAUACUAGUCAAUCGCAUAAAUAAUGUCAAAUCUCCACCUAAGAACGGCAUGAAUUAA